UUAACCAAUGAAAAUCAAAUCAUAACAUGAAUGGCAGCGGUGAGCAUCUCUCCAGCUCUCCACCUCCUGCCUCUCAUCCUCCUGUUUCUCCUUGCCACCAAUGAGGGUGCCACAUUAAACAUCACCAACCAAUGCUCCUACACCGUGUGGCCGGCCAUUGUGCCGAUGGGCGGCGGCAUGCAGCUUGAUCCGGGCAAGUGGUGGAUAUUGGACAUGCCUGCUGGCACUGCUGCUGGUUGUGUGUGGGCGCGAACGGGCUGCAUAUUUGAUGCCAAAGGAAACGGCUCGUGCCAAACGGGCGACUGUGGCGGCAUGCUUGCUUGUGCGAGGAACGGUCAGCCACCCAACACGGUGGCUGAGUUUGCACUCGGCCGGUUCAACAACACGGAUGUCUUCAACAUCUCCCUCGUCCUCGGCUUCAACGUGCCCAUGGAAUUUCUACCGAUGCCAGCCCAGGGAGGGCCAGACUGCAACAAGGGGAUACACUGCAACUACCCCAUGGAUUAUUCCUCGAGCACUUUGACUUGCCCGACAGGCACUAACUACCAGGUCGUUUUCUGUCCCUCAACUUCAGGGAAGUGGCGCAGGGAGAUGGCUGAGGAAGAGCUCGGGGAGCUCCAAGGAACACCAAUGAGGUUCACAUUUCAACAAUUAAAUGUAGCAACCGAGCAAUUCAUACACAAGCUUGGAGAAGGAGGAUUUGGACCUGUUUUCAAGGGACAGUUUGGUGAGGACAUAAUUGCAGUGAAGUGUCUGGAUCAAACUGGUCAGGGAAAUACAGAAUUUCUGGCAGAAAUUCAAACAAUUGGUAGCAUACAUCAUAUCAAUCUUGUGAGACUGAUUGGUUUCUGUGCAGAGAAAUCAUACAAACUCUUGGUGUAUGAGUAUAUGCCCAAAGGAUCCUUGGACAGGUGGAUUUAUUCUCGAGGUGAUAAUACUACUCCUCGGCUAGAUUGGAGGAUGCGGCACAAAAUUAUUAUUCAGAUAGCUAAGGCCCUCUCUUAUCUCCAUGAGGAGUGCAUGGACAUAAUUGCUCAUUUGGAUGUCAAACCACAAAAUAUCCUAUUAGAUGAUGAUUUCAAUGCUAAACUUUCUGAUUUUGGAUUGUGUAAGCUUAUAAAUAGGGAUAAGAGCCAAGUGAUUACUAGAAUGAGAGGCACACGAGGAUAUUUGGCUCCUGAAUGGUUGACAAUGCAAAUCUCAGAAAAAGCCGACGUAUACAGCUUUGGCAUUGUGAUCAUGGAAAUCGUCAGUGGAAGAAAGAACCUUGACACUUCCCUGUUUGAAGAGAGCAUGCAUCUUAUUACCCUAUUGCAAGAGAAGGUGAAGUGUGAUUGUUUGGUAGAUUUGAUUGAUAAGCACAAUGCUACCAUGCAAGUACACAAGGAAGAAGUAAUUCAGAUGAUGAAGCUCGCAAUGUGGUGCUUGCAAAUUGAUUUUAAAAAAAGGCCUAAAAUGUCUCAAGUCGUCGAAGUCUUGGAAGGUACCAUGAAUGCAGAUACCAAUAUAGACCAUAACUUCGUUGCAACAAGUCCAGCAAGCUAUGGUAUUGCUGGAAAUGUGAUGUUCUCAAGUCCACCCCUAGCCUCCGGCUUAUCUGGCCCUAGGUAAAAGAGGGGGCGGGGACAAAGAGGAUAGAGAAUUAAUAUGUGCAAGGAAAUUUUAAGCGCUGGAGUUAGGCAAGCGUUUUGCGUUUUGUAUGGACUCCAUACAGGGCAGUGAACACGGGUUACUCAGAACUGAUUUUUGAAGCAUACAAGGCAUCUAUCAGCCUAUAACAGCAGUUUUCAAGGAAAAGUAGCAGGCAUGCAUAAUUGUAUAUUCAUAUUACUAAAAUAUACUAUUGUAGUCUUGUAAGACAGACAUGUAAUGCUUCAUUUUCAAGUAAGAAUUUGCAUUAAUA